GACGGCCUUGGCAAGGUUUCGCCAAGCUCAGCUUGAGGAAGGGAAAGUUAAGGAACGAAGACCUUUCCUUGCUUCGGAGUGUAAUGAACUGCCUAAAGCUGAGAAGUGGAGGCGACAGAUCAUUGGGGAAAUUUCCAAGAAAGUGGCACAGAUUCAAAAUGCUGGCUUGGGGGAAUUCAGAAUCCGGGACCUGAAUGAUGAAAUAAACAAACUUCUGAGGGAGAAAGGGCACUGGGAAUUCAGAAUAAAGGAGUUGGGAGGCCCUGACUAUGCUCGGAUUGGGCCGAAAAUGUUGGAUCAUGAAGGGAAAGAAGUUCCAGGAAACAGAGGUUACAAAUACUUUGGAGCUGCAAAGGAUUUACCAGGAGUUAGAGAACUUUUUGAAAAGGAACCCCUGCCUCCGCCUCGGAAAACCCGAGCUGAGCUCAUGAAGUCCAUUGAUGCAGAGUACUAUGGCUACAGGGAUGAAGAUGAUGGUAUUCUGGAGCCACUGGAACAAGAACAUGAAAAGAAAGUUAUAGCAGAAGCAGUGGAAAAAUGGAAAAUGGAGAGAGAAGCACGACUUGCAAGAGGUGAGGAGGAGGAGGAAGAAAACAUCUAUGCUGUCACCAAUGAUGAGUCUGAUGAGGAAGGUGGCAAGGAAAAAGAAGGUGAAGAGGGCCAACAGAAAUUCAUUGCGCAUGUUCCAGUGCCAUCUCAGCAGGAGAUUGAGGAAGCUCUUGUACGGAGAAAGAAGAUGGAGCUGCUUCAGAAGUAUGCCAGUGAAACCCUCAUGGCACAGAGUCAGGAGGCAAAGACGCUUUUAGGAUUGUAACACUGCACCAGUAUGUCCUGGGUUUUGUAUAAUCCAGCUAAAAGCAGGAGGUUCACAUAUUCUGGUCGCAAUCACUAUUAUCUUCCAAAGGCCCUUGGGAUGUUAAGAGUAA